AUACGAGCUGCUGCAAUUUAGCCUUUAGGUGAAAGUUGAAGGCGCAUUGGAAGGAGGUGGCGUAAGAAGGUGAUAGGUGUGCUGAGAGACCAUGACUUCAGCUGCUUGUCAAUGCGCUUUCGGCUUAGCAACGAAGGCUCCAUUGAGGCGUUGCUCAGGGCCACCUGUGUUGAACCCAGCACUCGAGCUUCAUGCGAAAACUGCGUCGUCUGUGCUUUUGAGGAGGCGAUGCGGCGCUCAUUUGAGUUCUAGAGUGAAGAAAGCGGGGCAUGUCAGGGCCUCUCUUGAGAGUGACGGAGAGACAGCGAAGGACGGGAGCUCUAGCGAGGGACCUCAAGCGCCCUUGAGCGUGAAGACAGAGGAGAGAGAACAGGCGGCACAGUUUACUCAGCAGAGUGGGGCACCAAAGAAGAAGCGGCAAGCGGACUCAACAGACUUCAUCUCCUCUGCGCUGACCCGGCGGUUUGGGCUGGCGGGGGGGCUGGCGUGGCUGGGCAUCUUGUCGUUUGGGGUCAUCUCCGAGCAGGUCAAGACGCGGAGAGAGGUCUAUGAAGCGGAACAGAAUACCAAGGACGUGAAGGCCGCAAAAGAGGUCACCUUGCCAGAUGGCGUGCGGUACACCGACCUGGUCAUCGGCGGUGGCCAGAGCCCUCUCCGGGGUGACCUCGUUCUAAUCAACUUCAGCGCCGUCGCCACGACGAAAGACGGCGCCAACAUCCAGCUGGCUAAUACUUUUGCAAAGGGCCAGAAAGCCAUAGCGUUUGUGUUUGGAGGCCGCCCGUUUGCGGGUGGUCUUUGUAGGGGGGUCGAGGAGGCUCUGUCGAGUGCGAAGUCUGGGGGAAAGAGGAGGAUAGUCGUCCCCCCUGAAUUGGGAUUCGGCGAGGGUGACGUGGAAUUGCAAAACGGGGUCGUCGUUCCAGGGGGGUCGACGCUUGAGUACACGGUAGCUUUAGAGCGAGUGUCCAUUGCUCCGUCGUAAAUACCUCAACGUCGAUGCAGGUAAAGCAAGUUUGCCGCUUUGCGAGAGUGACGUUAUUGAUCUCUAGACUUUGCGAGAGUAGGCUGAUGUUGACACUGUAUUGUUGCUCGGCAGCGGCAGCUAGGCUCUCAGCCCCUCCAAACGAGAGAUCACUGCAGGUUCAGGUAGGUUCUGCAAGCGUCGAUUGAGCUAGGUUGGGCCGGCCGCCCGCGCGCUGCGCCCGCCCAAUUGGUCUUUUGACCAGCCUGAGUGAUGCAACCGAAAUGUGCGGCCUUCAAGGAC